AUGAGGACGAGAAGUAACUCCAUAGUUCGCCUGGAUUGGUAUCACAGUCUCGUUACCCGAACUAUCUUGGAUUUUCAGGUACAUUGCAAUUGAUCUGACCUGAAUUGACAUGGGAUCGUUUGCAAGUCAAUUUCCACUUUACAAAACGUGUCAGUUGAACAUUACUUUGAUGUUUAUUUAAUCUGUCUGUUACAGACACUGUCUUAUUGAAACUUAUGGCUUCAAAUUCUUCUUAUUCACGAUGACCUGAUGAGAUUUCAGUUUGCUUAUAUCGUUCUCUGGAUCGAUAUUUGCAAUUUCGUCAGCGACUCGCCCAACCUUAAUGCUUCUGUCGCCGUUGGUCCGGAAAGUUAUAUUCUUUUAUCAAGACUUCAAAUUUGUGUUUUUUUUCUUAUCUUAAUAUCGAGUACAUCGCUGUAAACUAAUGAUGCACUCGUGUUUCGUUUCUUGACUAUAUACAGUAGACUGCUUUCAUUUCAUUUCCGGAAAAUACAAUAUAAACAAACUGGUUCCACGAAUACGUGUAUCGCCUCUCUCUCCUUCCCUCAGUGUUUGUUUGACGGGGAGAUUUAUACCUGGCCCUAGUUGUCGAAAAGGUGGAUAGUGGGCGCUAUAUACUGGAUACAUGUACAUAGACAUCUCUAUAUCCACUGGAUUGGUUUCCCCAAUAUUUAUCUGGCCCCGGUUGUUCAAACGUUGGAUAGCGCUAUCCACCCGAUAAAUCACUAUCCAGCGGAUAAGUAUUACGCAAAUCAAUUACGCUAUCCGCUGGAUAGCGAUUUAUCCGGUGGAUAGCGCUAUCCAACGUUUGAACAACCCAGGCCUAGUUAACAUAAACAUUGAAAAGGAAGGAGGUCCAAAAUCAGCAAGUGUUUUAACAAGGUUUACGUGUUUUAAAGGCCUGGUUCAGACUCCAUACUUUAAGUGGGCUGCAUCAAAUUCGAAUUUAGGGUGACUCAAAUUAAUUAGGUCAGCUGCAGGGUUCAGAGUUUUGUAGAGCAUCCUGCACACCAGAUUGCUUCGAGAUCCUGGACUCUGCAGCCACUAAGUACCAAGUGAAGCUUAAGGAAUCCAUGUUUAUAAAAUGGGAGAAGCCCGAUCUCAACCAGCAGGUGAAACACAUUAACCUGACUCUCUCCCUGUAAAGAACUAAGCGUCACUCAUUUAACUUUGUUUUAGUACGCAAUAUUGACAACGCAAUGUAACAAACUUUGUAAGAUUGCGCGUGCUUUAAAUUCAAUGGCGAUUUCAAAAUAUGUAACACUGAAGAUGAUGGAUGUACCCUCGAAACAUGUCUGGAAAAUUAAAGAAAGUUGUUAUGUUUAUAUGACUGUCAGCUGAAUUGAUCUUUAUUACAGCCAAACUAAGCUUACACUUAAUUUGACUUUGAUCAAGGAAAUAACUUGAAAAUACAGUCCAAGAUAGACGGUGACAAUAUUAACUCAUUGAGGAUCAGUAAAGCUGUUCGCGUCACUGAAGAUUAUGCUAAUUUAUGAGAAACCCGUAUUGAGCGGCCAACCUCCUUUAAGCAGCAAUUUGACCAUACACCAGUGUGGCUGCUUAAUGGAGGUUCAAUUAUGUAAAGUUUCUCUUCUGUUGAGAUACAUGUAGCUUUGGGAAUCACGUAUCAUGUGAUGGAAAAUUAUGCAGUUCAGACCAUGCGCUUAAAUGUUCACUUUGUUCCUCUUUGUUCGAUAUUUUGAGGAUGUCAAAAUUAUCUGUAUCUGAAAGUUGAGUCACAGACUAAAGUCAUUCAAUGGUCCUCACGUAACUUGUUUUUCCAACACACAGGAUCCUGUAACAGGUCUUCUUCCACCAAAAAUAAACUGGACUAAGUAUAAAUCAGGAUCAACAGAUUACCUAGGGGAUGCAUGGGUAAGAGAUAAUGUCUAUAGCAUCCUGGCAGUCUGGGGUCUGUCACUGGCUUAUAAAAAGAAUGCAGAUGUUGAUGAAGACAGAGCUAGGGCACAUGAACUCACUCAGGUAUGAUGAAAUCCUGCAUUUUUGUGACAAUCAGACAAUAUCAGGUCCCAGUUGUUCAAAAGGUGGACUGUGCUAUCCACCAGAUAAAUCUCUAUCCACUGGGUAGAGCAGUUGGUGUCCCUAAUAAUUAUCCACUGGAUAGUGAUUUAUCUGGUGCAGGGUGCAAAGAAAAUCAUUUUAAAGCUUUCCAUUUGGGCAAGCUGAAGCUAGCAUUUACUAGCCUAAACAUCAUUAUUUUCAACUACCCCCAAAAACUUUUUGACUAGCAGAAUUGAUUUCACAGUUCUUCUGUUAUUCGAAUUCCUCAAAAAACAUCACUUGCCCAUCGGGCAAGUUAAAAACAGAAUUCACUAGCCUGAUAGCAAAGUCCACUAGCCUUUGGCUAUCAGACACUACUCUCUCUGCACGCUGCCGGUGGAUAGCGCUAUGCAGUUUUUGAACAACUGGAACCAGAUGCAAUUUUACACUUGUACUGGUAUUUGCUUUCCAAGAUUAUGUAAACUGCAUUGUGAAAAUACUGACUGAAUUGUUGUUGUCUUCAGUCUGUUGUGAAGUGUAUGAGGGGUCUUCUGACAUGUAUGAUGAGACAGGUAGGUAGAUUAAAAAAAAUAAUGGUCAAUGAUUAAAUUAGCAUGAGUAAGAAUGAACUGGUCAAGCCCUAGGAUUUGGAAUUUCAUGGAAAAUGUUAUUUCGGUUCUGUGACCAGAGAUCAUUUUUUGCUUCAGUCUGUUAGAAUUCAUGGUAACCCAUUUUGAAUUUAGUUAAUUUGCAUAUUAAACCUGUUGUAAAACAUACUUGAAAAUUUUACGAACAUUAAGGUUGUGCAAUAACGGCAAAGAAACCUGCCAAAACUUGUGCUAUACAUUCAGAGUUUUUGUUUAAUUGCUUAUUUUCUUGUUUUGCUUGUCAUUGUGGUUGCACUGAGCUCAAUGGUAUGUUACCAGGCAAAGCAGUUCUUUACAUGCGACGAUUUUGCAUGAAAAACCAACAAUAUGAUGGAAAACGAAAUUAAUGUCUUCAGGAACCCAUACAGAGGCUUGUUAUUUUAAUACCAGUAGGUACAAAUCUAAGUACAGAAAAAAAAAUGUCAGUACCAUUGUAUGUUAAAUUUGUUCUAAGGUUCACAAAGUUGAAAAAUUCAAGAAGUCUCAAGCCAAGGAAGAUGCUCUUCAUGCCAAAUACAACUUGAGUAAGUCACUUUUACUUAAUUAGAACAUAUUAACCCUUUGUCCCAAUAGUGACCAACAUCAAUUUUCUCCUAACAAUAUCCAUACACUGUCAAGAGAUAAAGUUAUGAGAAUUAAUAACAUGAUCACCAUAGAGAAAAUUCCAUGAUUUUUUAUCAAAUUCUCUAAACUAAUUCUUAAAGGAGAUGUAUAAAGAUCAGUUUGGAGAAUUUGUAUGUGGAUAUUGGGGCUUAAAGGGUUAAAUACAAUUAAUGUACAGUAGAAUAAUUAUAUACAGGUGUACAUGUACAGAGAACCAAAAUUUUUACCUUUCACUCUAGAUACAAUAAGUAAUGUUUAAAAUGUGAGCAGCAGUGUUUUAUGUCAUAUAUCAAGCAUGAGGCACAGUGUUUCAUCACCAGAUGAAACACUGAGAAGAGAGAUGAAAAUAAAACAUGCAGCGGAGUCUUCUUGACAAACUUCAAGGUGUACCAGAUGAAACACUGGGUAAAAUGCUUGAUAUUACCUCUCAAACAAAAUGAUUGUAGAAGGAGAAAUUAAGGAUGCAAAAUGAGCAGUUUUUCACCUGAUUUCCAAACACCCAUUAAACAUUAAUUCCCUUUGUAUUUUCUUUAUGAAAUAAUAAUGCAUUUGAGAACACUGGUUAAAUUAUCUCAGAAUACAGUGGCCCUUUAGGAGGGGUAAUAAAGUUGUACUUAUUGUACUUGAAAAUCUAGACUCUCUCUGGUUUACAGUGUACAUGUACAACCAAAAUUAAUCCCUGUCUGCACUCAAAGUUUUCGAAAUUGCUGUUGCAAUGAUCCACUGUAAUGUGUAUGUAACGAGUAUUUUUGUGGUAACUAAUGUUUAUUACAGAGACCUGUAGUCCUUGCGUUGGAGAUCAUGCAUGGGGACAUCUACAGAUUGAUGCUACCUCUCUGUACCUCCUUAUGUUGGCACAAAUGACUGCUUCAGGUUAAAUUUGUUUAAUAAUACAUGUAUCUUAUAAUGUUUUGUUUUUGCAUAUUAUUAUUCAUGAAUGACUUGAAGCUAGUAUUUCUUUCCUUUUUAUGAAUGAUAUUUUAUAAAAAAAAAAUUGGCUUACAGAAUGAUAAAAGUUACAGUACGAAACGUUGCCUGAUUUGAUAGUUUAGUAUAUAAACAGUAAUAAAUAAUUUUUACAAAUUAGUUAGCAUGAGGUUCAAGUUAGCUAGGGUUCAAGUUAUCGGGAGUCAACUGUAAGUUUUAAUGGUUGAUUAUUCUUAAAUUACAUUGUUUUUUUUUUGUCCUUCAUUCUUUUUCAGGGAUACAAAUUAUUUUUACCCUCGAUGAAGUAGCCUUUAUUCAAAAUCUUGUGUUCUACAUUGAAAAGGCCUAUUGUAUCCCAGUAAGUGUGCAUGUUCACAGUAGUAUUACUACACCCACCUGUAUGUUUAACAUUUAUCAUUUAAAUUUUGUUAGUAAUUUUCUAAUCAUGAAGUAUCCAAGUGAAAAGACUGCAUUUGAUUAGCUAACAUACUUUUCUAUGUGUAUUGGCUCAUAUCAUAUCUCUAGUGCAAGUAGAUAAAUAAAAUAUUAUUAGUAGUGCCUGGUUUAAUUAAGUCAAAAUAUACUCAAUCAAAAUCACUAUAAAGUGAUGGCCAGUAUGACCAUUUUCAACCUUAGAAUACUAGUAGAUUUUUAUUAAAACCUAACGAUUGAUUUUUUCAGUUAAUUAUCUUUUGCCCAUGAAGGCCUUCUAGAAUAAUAUUUUCAGAAGGCUUUCUUGGAAAUUUUUUUCAUUUUAGAUGGUUGAGGUACACUGUACAGCUUCAAUCUUCCAAUAGAAAUCUUGAGUUUGACUUUCAAUAGUUUAAAAAUAAAUUAUUUCUAGGACCAGUUAUUACAAUUAUUAUGUACAUGUGCAUAAUUACUCUAGACAGAAAAAAGAUGAUAAAAAUGGUCAUUUAUACAAGUGAAAUAUUGGUGUUUUUUUAUAUACAAUGUUUUUGUUUUUUUAUGUGACCUACAAUGUACAUGUAUAAUUUACAAUAAAUUAUUUCAGUUACAGCUGUAUCCCUGUUAUAGAACAAAACUGUAAACUUUUGUAUCAUCUCAUCUGCAGGCAGUGAGUUGAAAGAAAACUCAAGCAAAAUACCAUCCUUGACAACUGUAGUAAUGUACUUUUUUUUCAUUUAACGCAGGAUUAUGGUAUUUGGGAAAGAGGAGACAAACUCAACCAUGGUAUGCCUGAGCUGAAUGCAAGUUCUAUUGGAAUGGCAAAGGUUAGCUUGUCUGUACCUUAUUAUUUUAGUGAGUUACAUUACUUUUCACAGCUGUGUUUACUGCAAGUUUUAAUACAUAUACUCUCCAAUUCACUGAAAAUUCUGUAAAUGGAAAAUUCUACAAAUACAUGUAUUAGGAAAACCUUUUUAUUAUAUAAACACAAGAGAAACCAGGUGCGCUUUUGCGCAAAAACAUGGUAUCUUUGCACGUGAAAAUAACAUGUUAUCUUCACAUGUGAAAAGAUUGCCGUUGCUAUGGCUACAUAAUAAAUUGUGCCUUUCGCAGCAAAAAGCUAUUAAAAUGAAAUGAUUCUGUAUUUCAUCGGUGUUUAUAUAAUAAAUAGAACUUUACAUGGCUACUCGGAGAUACAAAAUUUUCUCUUCUCAUGUUGAAAAAUAUUUCACUUGUUCGCUGCACUCACUUGUAUUCCGUAUCUUCGUAUUGAUUGAUUGAUUGAUUGAUUGACUGAUUGACUGAUUGAUCUCCACGCCACCAUGUAAAAUCCUCUACGUAUUCGGAAUUUAAUUUUCUGUAACUACAGAGAACAAUCACAGGAGCUCUUAUUUAGCGUUUGUGUAUUCUACAUGUACACUGUAGAUCAAUUAUUAUGGUAAGUUUUACAACACCAUCGUAAUGAUAUCUGAAAUGUUGGCUAUAGAGAAGCAAGGAAACCAGGGCACGCUGAAAAAAAACUCUCAUAGCAAGGAGAAGAACCACUGACAAACUCAGCCUAUAUGUACAUGCUUAAAUAAUUAUACUCACAGACAUGGCUCACUGUAAUUUGCAAAACGAAAUUAAACAAAACAAAAUGAAAAUUUGUUCUUUGUGAAAUCUGUAUUUUGUGAAAUGAAAAUCUGUACUUUGCAGAAUGAAAAUCUGUAUUUCAUGAAAUGAUGAAGAUUUUCAUAUUUUCACAAAAUAUAGAUUUUCAUUUCAUUCCAUUUUCUUUCGUUUUGUUUCACAAAUUACAGUAAGCCACACACACCUGUGUCUCCUGUACUUGAACCUACAGCAGGUAGUCCACAUUGGUAGAAAGCAUGCACUUUCACUGCCAUGCCACCCUUGCUACCCUUUUAUUUUAUUUUUUAUUUCUCUUUAGGCAGCUUUAGAAGCAUUAGAUGGCUUGGAUUUGUUUGGUCCAGAGGGGGGUCACUCAUCUGUCAUCCACAUUCUUCCAGAUGACAUUCAACAGUGCAAGGUUGGAGGCUGAAGACAGCUCUCUGUUAUCCUUAUGUCAUUUCCAUGGCUUAUACUCUCAUUUAAGCAAUAGAAAACGUUUUCUGUGUUUGCAUAGCCUGAUAUAAACACGAGAGGGAUUGGGAGAAUUCGAGACAGUCGCCAGUCUUGUACACAAAGUCUUGCACAUGUAAUCAGUUCUUGUUUUACAAAAAGAUGCUUUCCAAAAUACGGAUUUUUCUCACUUAAAAUGUCAGCUUAAGCGAAAAAAGUUGACACAGCUUGUUUGAAAAGAUUUUCCAGGUUUCAGCCGAUGAAGGAAUGAGUAAAUAAAGUAAACUUGUCGAGUUUUGAUCACUAAAACUUUUUCAAAUUCGUGCUUGGGUGAUUAGCGCACGAAAAGCAAAACAUCUUAUGUCACAACCAUGUUUACAUACUCUUAUGCCAACACUCCUCUCAGCCAAUCAGAGUGCACGUACUAUCUUAGUUAUGUUAUAAAUAGACAAUAGCUCUUGACUAAUCAGCAGAUGAAAAAUUAUUCAGUUGUUGUGAAAAAAAAGGUUUUGACCACCUGGGUUUAGAUUUGAUGUUAGUCAGUGCACCAUAACAAUCACAUGCUUUUCAAACAAUAUUAUUAUUAUCAUUAUUAUUAUUAUUAUUAUUAAAUAUUACUAUUAUUAUUAUUAUUAAUUAAUUUAUUUAUUUAUUUAUUUAUAAUAUUAUUGUUGUAAUUUUGUGGUUUUUGUUUCCAGGCUAUUUUGCAAUCAAUGGUUCCAAGGGAGUCUAAUUCCAAGGUACAUGUAUGAUUGACCACUAAUUGUAAAAUAAUAAGUGUCUGAUACACCAGGUUCAUUUGUGGAAAAUAUUAUAUAGGAAUCACCGUUUUAGUCUCAUGUCUAUUUUAAAAACAGGGUCCACUUAAUACAGGUCUCACAGUUUGAAAAUGCCCUUCAAAGGUCAUUAUAGUUUCACAAGGUUUAAAAAGUGCUGAAAACUUGUUUCAAACCACUUGUCCAUGCAUAAAUCAAAUGAACACAAAUCAAAGUCAUCAUUUGAUAAUUAUUUGCACAUUGUAUACAUAAAUGAACACUUUACUCGUCAGAUCAGCAUAAAAAUACAUUAUUUUAUUUCUGUCCUGUAGGAAAUUGCAGCCUCAGUGUUAAGUGUGAUUAGCUUUCCUGCAUUUGCUGUUGAAGAUGAAGAUCUUGUCAGUGAAGCCAGGGAAAAAAUCAUUGCUAAACUUCAGGUACACAUGCACUGUACCUUUGCUGUUUGCUCAAUAAAUACAGAUUUCGUGCACUGAUUUGUACCAGUAUAUGAGUAAUGAAACAAUUCUGCCUACUUUUCCCAUUUCUUGAAAGGGUCGAUAUGGUCUGGUUCGUUUUAUUCGGGAUGGUUACAAGACUCCUCUUGAGGUCAGUAAUUUUUAAGCAUUUUUUUAUUAUCGAACAGUAGCUAUCAAUGAUUACAACUACAGUCUGUAUUUCUUUUCUUGCCUUCACAAAUUAAUGUGCAUUGCAGUGAAAUUGAAGGGCUCUGAUCUACAUGUAUGCAAAAAUGUCCCUGUCCUACAUCCUACAGGUGUAGUUUUAAGUCCUUGUUGUGGCCACUAGGGGUCGUCCUCAGUGGCGCGGUGUCUCAAUGAGUUAUGAUGUAGUACCACCUCCUACCAGUGUGAAUAUUUAAUUUGUAUUGAUAAAAAAAAAAAAACUGGAAAAAGUGUCAACUGGGUUUCAAAUCCAUGGGGAGAGGGGAUUGAUUUUAUUGCUUUAAUAUCUAUUGAAAUUUAUAAGACAUGUGAUCAUUCACAACUAUAAUAUACAUGUAUUCAUAAUGUACAUGUUGUUUAAAGGACAUGUAAAAGGCUGUCACAAUGUUAGAAUAAUUAAGUUGAGACAAGUGCUGGUAUUUUGUUGUGGUUCGAUCAAUAUCUGCAUCUUUGGUUCAAAUUUAGUUUUCCUUUGUUUUGGUACAUGGCUGUGUACAUUAAUUGUAAGAUAAAUAGACUAAAACAAAGGAAAGUAAAAUAUGAACCUAGGAUAAAAUCAUAUUGCAGCAUAAACUAAUACAACAGUCAUACAAAUGUACAGGUACACAAAGUCAGGGUUUUCAAUAAGAUUUUAAAUAGGAGGUAAAAGCUUUGGAGCAGGUGGAGAAGGAAAAAACUUGCAGCAAAGGCAUGACUUGAGAGUGCCGAAGGUGCAAGUUUCUGGAAAAAUUUUGAAAUCUGGGUCUCUUAGAAUGCAUUUCCAGCAUUCUGGAGCAAAAAUUAGAGUGUUUGAACAGAACACAUACAUCAUUAAAUUUUGGUUUUUUCACUCAGUGACAGCACAUGAAUACUGCAUGUAAACUGGGGUGAUUUCCAAAGAAAAGUAGCAGUGAAAUAUAGCCAGCGAAUUUUGCCAGCCACUGGCUCUUAUUGAAAGGCCUGCAAAGUACAACAAUUUUUUUUCCCAACUGUAGUUAGAGCAUUCUAUCAUAAAAAAAUGUGGGACACAUAUUCUAUGAACAUGAUCGUCACAGCUAUUAUCCCCACAGAAACACAAAAACUACACUGGUAUUUAUUUUAUUAUGUGGUUUGUAUUACAGGACCCUUACAGACUUCAUUAUGAACCAGCUGAACUAGAGAUAUUUGAGAACAUUGAGUGUGAAUGGCCCUUGUUUUACUGCUAUCUUCUUUUGGAUGGCCUUUUUAAUUGUGAUGAGGAUCAGGUAACAAUAUGAUGAUAUACAUGUUGUGUUUUUUCAUGUGAAGUUAGUAGUAUCUGUAGCGCAACAAAAUUAAAGUAGUUGAGGCACUGCCUUAAAGGGCCUUUCUGAUGUUUCAUCCAUCUUCAAAAGGGACAAAUAAAGCUUUCUCUCCCCCAUCCCCUCCAUGUAAUGUACCACUGUAGGAAACAACAAGCACCCCAAGUGCUGUUUAAGAAAUGAGCAGGUGUGUAUUAUCAGUAAUACACGACUAGAAGUUUUUUAACUGCUCCAAAAUCUCUGAUAUAGACCAGGGCAUCUACUGUAGUUCAACUCAUUCUUGCACUAACAUUUAGAUUUGGGGUUAUUUUGGUCUGAAAAGUUGGACAUAAAGUUUUGCCAUGUCUUUAUCAGAUAUAAAGACUCUCAUUAAACAUUCAAUUAUUUUCUUUUUUCAUGAAUUAGUAAUGAGUUUUUGAACCUUGAGUAAAGGGGAGAGGGGAGGGGAGAGGAGUGAGGAUUGGUUUCCCCAUUAUUUUGAGGACAGUGCACCUGUUUACCAAUUUAUUGUCUCCUUAAGCCUUACAUCUUAUUCAUGAGUGUAGGGCUACAUGUAUUGCUAAGAGACAAAGGAAAUUGAGAAACACCCUCUGGCAGUUUAAAACUUUUAACCUUAUUUUGUUUUGACCCAUGACAUUAUCCAUCAAGUCAGGGCCAAGAUGUUUGACUGACAAUCAGUGCAAACUGGGGGUUAGUUACGUAGACAGCAUUUAGCCUCAAACUUGGCUUAAUAGGCCCUUUGCAGCCAGCCAUUUACGUGGUACAAAACCGCCAUCCUGGAGGGUAAAAGUCACACUGGGAUAAGAAAAACAAAAGGUAUGCAUAAUUUUAAAAGGUAAUGUAUUUUGUUUGUCUUCUCCCAGUGCGACUUUUGCUCUCCAGCAUGGCAGUUUGGUACCACAUGAAUGGCUAACUGCAAAGGGCCUACUGAGCCUCAAACAUUUUGAAGAAGAACUUUGCUGGUUUACAGUCUAAAACAAUUAUCACGUCAAAAAUAAUUCUUAUAUUUACAAUAUGAUAUAAAUGUCAGCGAUAACAUUAAUUAUUUUAUAAAUUCAAUCUUUAAACAACUUUGUCUUAAAUAUUAUUAUUAAGUCUUAAUUUAAGUUAUUUGAAGAGUGUUCUGUUAGUGCAUCUUUUGCCAAAGUAAUAGCAUCCGUCACUCGUUGUAACCAUUUUUCCCUUCUGGUGCGAAACCAAAGCUGUUGACAAAUGUAAACAAUAGAACAUCUGACAUGAAACCAAUUAAAGCUAGAGGGUAAAUAGUCCUUCUGCUAUUUUUUUGUACUUUAAAAUUAAUUUUUUGCUAUGAAGAGUAAACUGAAAACAUGAAUUUUCUGUCUUUACCCCUGAUCAUCCAGUUCAUUGUACAAUUAUUUUCUUUUUGUCAGUGAGGAAAAUUUCAGUUGUGUAUCAACCUUAAUUUCUGGAGUGUUGUCAGGUUAAUAUAACUAUUUUCAAAAUAUCAAGAGGUUGGUGAUCAUUCCCUAUUAUUUUGUUUGAUCUUUCUAAGGAUCAGUCGAUGAUACUGUGAGGAAAAACUAGAUGCUUUCCGAUCAUGACCCCACAACCUUUUUAGCUUUAACUUUUGUCAUGUCAAAAUAAAGGUUUUAUGUUAUGUAAUGUUAUGAUCACAUUUAAGAGCUCUUGGGAGCACAUUUUUAGUGUGGUCACCAAAUAUCACUAGGUAUCAUCAGUUAUUAGAAAGUUUAUGUGGAGAAAAAACAUUCGAUCACCUGUAAGUAUACUGGCAUAAAUCUAAAGGAAGUGAUAUUGACAGAAUGCCUGAGGUAAACUGAUUAAAAAUGUCAAAGUAUUAAAGUAGAGGCCUUCAGCAAAACUUUAACAUACAGGUGGACAUAUUUCCAAAUAAUUACGGCUUGUAAUGUUAUUAAAAUGACUCAUAAAGCAAAUGGUUUGUCUCCCACAAAAUGUAAAAUAUUGGUGACAAAGGAAAAAUUAAUUUAUUCAAAAGCUUAUUUAAAGUUAGAAGCUACAUGUACAAGUGCAUGUUUAUUGUUAUUGAGCAGUGUGGUUCUGCCACUCUUUGAAUGAAAUCCUUGUGACAGUGCAUGACUGUUUUCAGAGAUUACUUUUUAUUAUUUUUAGUGAGCACUCUUUUUGGUGUGCUCUUCCAUGGAGUUAUGUUUGAGGCAAUAAUCCCUAUAAAAGUUUGAAGUACAGCUGUAUGUCUUGUUCAAACCUUGUUGAACAGUAGUUUUACAAUACUGUGGUACGAUAAAGUGAGCUGUAUCCGUGUUUUUUUUUUUUUUUUAAUCUGCGUCUUGUUGAAUAAUGUAAUGGCUUUCUGUGAGGGCUCUUGAAUUUAUUCCAUGAGAAAAGCUGGCUAGACAGGGACAGUCAAAGGUUCAUGUUAAAAACUCCAAAGGGGCAUAGUUGAGUGUCUGUGCUUCUGAAGUAUCCAAAGUAUUAUUAAUAGUGCUAUGAUUCUAUGAAAAUUGGUGUGAUUUGGACUAUUAAGUGAGGAAAAUGAGAGAGUUAAACAGAUGCAGAACUUGACAUACCUCCACAUCUUCAACUAGCAAGUUACAUUCCAUAGCAAUGAUAAUAAGCCCUUCUCUAUCUGGCCACUUUUGAUGUGUAAAUCUGCUCUCAAGUUUAUUGAGCUGCUCUACAGAGAAGUGCUCUGGUGCUAGUGAACUGACAGAACUUCUUUGAGAUGUGUUACCUUCACUAUUCCAUGGUAAUGUUUGAAUCAUUUUGUCAUCUUGAGCUUUCAUGGCAUGCUUCUGUUGUUGAAGUCUCACUCUUCCUGUACAGUUUUAUCCUUAGUUGCGAUGAUAUCCUGAAAAGUUCUUUGUAAUUCCCUCAGAAAUGGCACAUGAGGUUCUGUUCGUCUUGCGGUUGUUAUGUAUGGCAUGUGAGUUUUCAAGAUAUUAGAGGGUUUUUAAACAGGAAAUUAUGAAAUUUUGUGGCAUUCUAUGUGCUGUGACUAAACUUGACCAGAAGAAUGCAGAAAUGUUGUACAGUGAGUCAAGUAAACAUGAUCAGUGAUGUAAAAGUUGUAUAUCAAUUCUUUUGUUUCCUCCAUCCAUUUGCCUUCAUCCAAUUAAACAUUUAUUUAAUUGACAUUAAGUUUGCGACGUUAAUAUUGCUUUCAUGUUGUCCAAAUAAUGGUGCUUUGAGGUUAUGCUAUCUCUAUAAACAAUCUUAGUGAAAAUAGUUCUAUAAAUCUUUCAUUCUAAUGUUUUGGUGUGAGAUAUGUGACUAGAGAGUUUUUAAUUCUCUAAAUUUAUACUGUACUGUGGUUUUGUUGGAUUAUGAAGGGAGGCCUUUUAUGCAAAAAUUGUUCUUACUCUUAGUUAAUGAAUGCAGUUUCUAAUCCUUUUUGUGUUUUUAAUUAUGUAGCUCUUUGUUCAAACUUUUGUUCCUAUUGUUUACAAAGAAAGCUUGUUUAAUGUGCCUGAACAAUGAAAAGAUGUAUUGGUGAAUAAAACUGGCUGUGAUUUUUAAUCUGCAGCAGAUGUGAAACAUAACUUUCCUUUGUAGCUAUUACUGUGUGUCAAAUAUAUCUAUAUUUUGCUCUUAGAAGUUUCAAUAACUCGUAUGAACCUGAUCAUUAUUAAUUUUUGUAAUUGAUGCUUUUCUCUCUAAAAGAUGUUGUUAUUAUUAUUAUUAUUAUUUUUUUUUACUUUUUUCUAGUUUAAAGUGAAAGUUAAUCCAUCGUAGUCAAAGUUGAUUCUAUGCAGGGGCAAGAUAUUUUUCAAAUUCGUAUAUCCACAUUUUUUAACUGAGAUUAAUUGUUGAGUAGAAACUUAAUAUUAGCCUUGGCAUCUGGCUUUGUUUGAGGCAAAAAGUGUUAAUUACGGUGAUUAGACAAACCAUUAUGAUAUUGAUUUUAACUUUUGUGAGUGAUGUCAUUUCCUUUGCUUUGUUUUUACAAAGCUGUUUUUAAUAGAGAAACUUGAAUAACUUUGACUAUUAGAUGAAAUAUGACACUCUUUACAGAUAUUGAAAGUUUGAGUCUCUAGAGGGUUUAUACGUUUUGUGGUAACUUCAUUUGUUCAAGUUUAAUCAAAUAUGGCUCAAUAUAGAUGAUCAAACAUAUUGCCCAAGAUCCCAGGAUCAAGAGAUUCUUCUACUCUCUACCCAGCAUUCCGAGAUAUUAAUUAAUUGUGUAGUUUCGUGUUGUACUGUCUGUAGUUAAAAGUGGAGUUUAGCAGGCUUCGCUAGUAUUUUAAAGUUGCGGAUCUUAUAGAUUUAUUUGGCAAAAAUAGAAAUAAAUCCUUGAACUUCGAUUUUGUUCUCUACAGACGUCUGUCGACUUCAACAGAGAAAAAACUUCCAUUUUGUUCUUUGUCGACUUCAACAGAGAUAAAACUAACCAUUAGCCAAUUUAAAAGUCAAAGUAUUAACCAUAAACCAUAAAUAUCACCACUACAUUAUUGGUUAUGACCCGAUAGGUUCUAAGAAAGAGACAUAGAAAAUACCCUGUCCGGGGGGUUUUCGCGAAAUUGCCUUUUUUUUCUUCUGAGAGAGUAUCUAGUAUAGAAGGCUUAAAUGUCUCAAAUAUACGCGAAGGUGGGUGAAACAAGGCAGCCAAGUGACUUUCCAUCUAAUAUCAAAUUCCUUCUUUGUUUUCCACUAAUAAGGCAAUGAUAGCUUAACCCUUUAGCGCCCCAAUACAGUAAAACCUCGAUAAAACGAACCUCUAUGUAACGAUAUCAGUAAUAGCUAAAUAUAUCACAAAGAACCUCGACGUGACGAAACCUCGUUAUAGUGAACAUAUUUUGCCAGUCUCUUGGCCCACUGUUAUAUCUAGGUUCCACUGUAUCCACACACACAAAGUCGCCAGGCCCUGGUUGGUCAAACGUCAGAUAGUGCUAUCCACCAGAUAAAUCACUGUCCAGCGGAUAAGUGUUAAGGAAACUAGUGGCACUAUCAGUGGAUAACGUUAUCCGCCCCAACAGCUGGUCCAAGACUGACCUCCUUACGUUUCCUUAAAAAAAAUUUAGUUGAGAGAAUGUUUUUCCAUUAUACAUUUUCCCAUAGGUGGGCAUAUUAUUAAUUCUUAUCCUUUGGACGUAGACGCAAAUUCACACCCCCACCGUGGUACAAGGAGCGGGGGGGGGGGGUUGAUGCAACCUCUCCCUAGAUUUUUUGAUAUGUUGCAUUAUUUCGAAAUGAUUUUGCCUUCAGUAGAAAGCCUUUAAACUUCUUUUAUGGAUGGUGGCGCUGCUGAAGGCCUGUGGCGUCACCAACCAACCCUCCAAGUUGCGACCUGGCGUCUAAAAUUUUGAAGCUGGCGACUUGAUUUGUAAAAAAGUCUCCCUAAACCAAAAGAAUUGGUCACCCAGUGGCGACCAAGCAAAAACUUUAACUUGGAGGGUUGCCAACAAUGGUUACUAUGUUGGCCCCCAUCACUAAACUUGUCUCAAAAUGCGUACGAGGGAUAAACGAACAGCUACCGAAAACGUUAGGUGCUGAUGUUUUAUCGUCUAUGAGAAUACUCAGAAAAACCCACAGGGAGGUGGCACCCCUCCCCCGCCUCGUACGUCCGAGGGUUAAAACCUUUAUCCUUGAUUGUGUAUCGAUUUUGUUGGGAGAAAAUUGUUGGUGGUCACUUGUGGGACUCAAAGGGGCUAUGUUACGAGGAUAUUGCUGUUUGGGGGUCAAUUCUGUGCUUGCACCCUCUCCUCCCUCCCUUUUUUUAAUUUGGUUGCCAGGGUAAAUAUUUCCAUUUAUUUUCAGUGUGACGGUGCCGGCUAGUUGCCGGCGGGUUGCCAUGGAUACCUCCUUGCGGCUAUGGCAUCUGGCAUCCCGCUAACCUUUAAGGCACCAGUUCCCAAGCUCAUCUUUUUGUGAUGAGUUUAAAUAGUAACCUAACAUGUACCCAUACACAAAAUGCUCCUGUAGAUAUCAAUCAAACUUUAUCAGGGAGCACUUUCCAUGAUAUUUUUUCCUAAUAAUUUUUGCAGGCUUACUAGGCUCUUUAAAUGAUCAAUCAAAGAUUGCUUUGCUUAUAUUUCUUACAACAGGUGAAAACUUACACAAAGUUACUGGAUCCUCUGCUAGUGAGAGACGAUGCUGGCCUUCCAUUAGUUCCCGAAUUCUUUUAUGUUCCAAGAAACAAGGUUUUUUUAAAUUUACUGCUAUUUAUUUACCAAUUUACCAAUGAUUUAAUUUAUCGAAUUGUGUCAUUUUUAUUUAGUUUUAAUGGGUCAAUAUUUUCAAAAAAUAUUGAAAUCUAUUCUGAUUUGGUUAUGUUUCCAAUAAAGAAAAUUGCGUGAAAAAUACACUGGUGAUUCUCUUUCAACCAAUCACCAGCUCGUUCCGUUCCUCAAACGUCAUUUCGCGAGGAAAAUUUUGGCGUCGCAAAAUAGGGAGCUCAGCAACAACAACGGUUACGAAAACGUCACUUGCUUCAAGCUUUAUCGCGCCCAUUCCAUCUCGUUCAAUUCGUUAAAUGUUGGAAAAUUUUUCUGGAAUAGAAUUCUGAGAUUGUAUCAAAGUUUAGGGGGGAGAAAGAAACAAGAAGGUCGUUGUCUUGUUUUCACGUCCUCCACAAAGCGAGCAAUUGAGCACUUUCACGUUUUUAGUCGUGCAGCGACGGUAAAGAAAUGUAAAUAAAAGCAUGAUGCACGUUCUCGUUGCGUCGUCGUCGUUUAUUAGGCUCCCUAAUGUCGGUGGUUUUCUCAUGCUCGCUGUUUUACAGUAUGUUACAAGAGAAAUGUUGAAAUCUUCCUGUUAUCCUUUAUGUUCGAUGUGUUUCUUAGCGUCCAUCUUGGUUUUUCAGGUUGAUAUUGAGAAAGCCAAUCCCCACAGUGUGGAGAGAGAAUGCGGCGAAUACGUGCUGCACUUGUGGUCUCACUCGUUGUAUGUCCUGGCUUGCUUGCUAAAUGAGGUACAAAGAUUGGUCUGUAAACUACCAAAAAACACGAAAUCCUUUUCUACACAAUUAACACUUAUUAUUCAUUUAAAAUAUUGCUCCAUUACCCUGGCUAAUUCUUCAUAACCAGCUAGCGCUCACCACAUUUGGAAUAUGCGUGUCCACAGUCGGGCAUACUUGUUAGCAGACAGCUCUGUUAACGGCUGCUUUCACAAAACCCCGUGGAAACUCCCAUUCAAACUCCGUAUUUUUACAUUCCCGUAAGCGGCUGCGGGCACUUUCAGGAUUUACAAGUUAGGUUCAGCUUGGUUUUGAUGCCCCCGUGCGCGGACACCCGAAAUGAAAUCACGUUUGCCUCUGAAUAUCGUGUUUUAAUAGAUCAUUUAAAUCUCUUUCAGUGUUUGUUUGUCUUUGUUUUGUUUUAUUUUGUUUUUUCACAUACACAUCUGGUUACUUCAAAGCACCACUUGAGUUUUUUGCUUGUGACUGAAAUACAAUAUCGUCAGAUCAACAGUACAGCCAAACACUAACAAGCAGUUUUCCCCAUUCUUGAGUAUUUAUUUCUAGCUGGGCAAGCUCUAGUCUCAUACGCACCCGUUCUUUGUGUUGUCACGCUCCUCCGUCCUCCUCCCCUCUCCUUCUGCUUGUAGCGAGGAGCGUUGCGUGACGACACAAAGAACGGCUGCAUAGGAGACUGGGCAAGAUCUUAUAAGCAGCCAGCUUGGAUAGUUACGGACACCUUUUCCGCGUCCCGAGGAUGUCCGCCUUCCAGAGCUUUCACAGUACAAACAAAAGGCAAGUACUGUUGGAAAUCCUCUCCCCUACCACCCCCCCCCCCCCCCGAUGGGUCUUACAACCUUUUCAAUUGUUUGUUAAUGGGCUUUUACUGUUGCUGAGUAUCCCUAAGCAGUUAACUAUAGGUGGAUUCACUUGCAACAUACGCGUAUAGCUGUCGCAUUUGACUGCUGGAGUUUUUAAUUGUUUUGGAGCUUAUAACAAUAAAAAAAAAAUACCCACGGGCAAAUGCGACAGCUAUACGCGUAUGUUGCAGCUGAAUCCAGCCUAUGUAUUGAAAAGAUGUUGCAGCUGAAUCCAGCCUAUGUAUUGAAAAGAGAAUGUUUAGCGCAACAACAUAUUGCCGUACGGACCAGUACUGUCCUUCCUUUUAUAACCAGCUGAUGGUUACAGUACUUGCAGGGAACACUGACUUCUGGUUUGUCUCUAAACAGAAUUUUAUUGCUCUCGGAGAGAUUGAUCCUCUGAAUCGUAGACAUUCCACUGACAAAAGACCAGAUGUAGUGGUGCAAGGUAUGUUUUUGUACUUCAAUUCCGUGCUAGUCUCCCACGCAGCCGUGUGUUUUUUCCGUUGUAUGUUUGGGCCCGUUGCUAAUUUGGAGAAAAGUUGUUUUUGGGAUAGAAGAGUUGAACUACCCUGGUUGAGCCAACGUUUCAUACAUUUCUUGGCGAACCGUUAACAGGAGAAACAAAAAGUUGGCUCGGUUAGAAGGGUGACCCGCUUAGCCUGGUCACCCCUUGUGAUGGCAGGGUCACCCUCCUAGCCAAUUUUUUUUCCAUGUAAACACUGUACACUUUGGCUCGCCCAACCGGGUCAGCCGCAAGGCGAAACAAUAGGAACUUUAAGAUCCAACAACGCGGACAACAACGAGAACGUUAAAAAGACAAUAGGUUUAAUAGGCAAAACAACAACUUCGCACGUGCAACACACUUUUUUGUACAUUUCUUUCCUGUUUUUACACGACUACGACGUGAAAAUGCCUAAUUUCGCGUUUUAGGGAGGACCUAAACAAGCAACGACGAAAUUUUAUUUCUCUUUCUGAGCUUGGCUACAGUCCCUUGAAAUUCAGCUUCAGGAGGGUUCGUCUACAAUUGACAAAGUAAGUGGGUGGGAAUAAUCGCUAUAAAGACUGAAAGAACGCAAAUUCACUUUUGAAGCGACGUUCUUGUCGCCGUCGCGUCGUUGGAUCUUAAAAGGGACUUUAAGACCCAACGACGCGACGGCGACAAGAACGUCGCUGAAAAAGUGAAUUUGCGUUAUUUCAGUCUUUAUAGCGAUUAUUCCUACCCACUUACUUUGUCAAUUGUAGGCGAACCCUCCUGAAGCUGAAUUUCAAGGGACCAAAUUCAAGCUCAGAAAGAGAAAUAAAAGUUUCGUCGUUGGUUGUUUACGUCCUCCAUAAAACGCGAAAUUAGGCAUUUUAACGUCGUAGUCGUGCAAAAACGGGAAAGAAAUGUACAAAAAAGUGUGAUGCACGUGCGAAGUUGUUGUUUUGCUAAUUAAACCAAUUGUUUUUUUGACGUUCUCGUUGUCGUCCGCGUCGUUGGAUCUUAAAGUCCUAAAAGUCCCUAAUCAGAGCAUACGCGAGCGCUGAUUUAGACAAUCAGAGUAUAGAUCCCUCCACAGUUGUAACGGCAUGAUGGGUAAUCAGGACAAGAUGGUGGGAAAAUCAACAGUUUGUAUGGGAAUACAAAGUCAACUACUUCUUGCUAAUUGAAUAUAUUUGUCACUUUCCCUUUAAAAAAUGUAACUAAUGAACUUAAAGAAAGUACACACUAAAUCUGGGGGCAUAGCAGUCCUUUGUUGCUUUUCAGAAAACCUGAGCUCUUCCAUACAUUUUCUGAAAGUCCGACAACACGCAAAUUACACAAAGCAUGGAAGAAGUCAAAUUUUCUAAAAAGCUACAAAGGACUGCUUUGCUAUCCGCAUUUAGUGCAUAGUUUCUUUAAGUUCGUUAGUUAAAGUUUGCAAAGAGAAAGUGACUAGUAUGUUCAACUAAGAAGAAUUAGUUGACUUUGAAUUCCCAUGCAAACUUUUGACUUUCCCCCCAUCUUGUCCUGAUUACCCAGCGUGCCGUCACAACCAUGAAGGGGUCCACGCGCUAGCGCUUUUGGCUCGGGCAAAGGAUUCAACUUAUUUACUUGACUAGGGCGACUCUUCUACCAGGGACAGGGUUUCUCCAUAUAGACGCGGCCUUAGACGAUUAGAAAUCCUGGAUACAACUGGAAAAGACGUUCAUGCUACUGGGGAACAAGAACUACCUCCGGAACAACUGAAGCAAAAGAAAAAAAGCGACCCUUGUUUGGAAUUAGCACUUGUUUAUACCUGUAUCUUUUCACUGAUUUAUAUAUCUAUUUAUAAUCCUUCCAGUAUCCCUUCUUGCUGAGGAUGAGUUAGUGAGAUCUCACCUUCAGACGCUUGAUGUUCCAGUUCAGGUCACGCGGGAUGUUAAUCCCAUCCAAGUACUUCCAGCGCGCACUCUUAGCUCCAUGUACCAGCAGCUUGGUAAGAGCACGAUGUUGCCUUUGUUUUUGCAUUGCCACACUUUGUGAUUGGCUAAAAAGCUCGCGCACAUCUUUCUCAACCAAUCAGGGUUAAUUAAAAUCUAAACAGAUUUUAACUGACUUUCGCUCAUUUACCCGCGCUUUUUGACGGCUACAGGUAAUUUUUUCGAAAGCAGUGAUUGGUUCAUUUGAAUUUCUGCGCGUUUUGUGAUUGGUGAUAGCUCAUUUCCCGUCAUCGCUUCUUAUCAAUAACUAGUUUUGCCCCGAUCCCAGGCUGGUUCAGUAUGUGCCAGUUUUAGUUCAAUUUUUGUGGCAGUGUCGCGAGAAAUUACAAUUUUUAUCAUGCGUACGUUUUAUUUCUCGUAGACGUAGACCUAUGAAGAAUUGCCACACUCUAACAAUGUUAAAUUACCUUCCUUCUUUAGGAAAGAAUGCCAAGCUUAAGCUUACCGGAAGGUAAUAUUGCUUCGAAACUUUUUUCUGUUAAAUUGUGUUGAACUUAUGUGAUGUUGGCUAUUGAGUAGAAAACUAAGAACAUAAAACCAUGGAAACCUUGGUCUGCAAUUUGACGACUGGAUUUCUGUUCGUUUCUGAUUUAAAUAUACAAUCUAUUGUUUCGGGCAUAAGUACAAGAUUGCGGUGCAUAUUUCAAAUUAGCAACGUCAGGGUUUUGGUUAGCCUGCGAAAACAUCCGUUUCUUCUCGCUCUUCGCCGCUGGCGACGUGUCGCGCGAAACGUACCCAGUGGCGAAGAGCGAGGAGAAACGGAUGUUUUCGCAGGCUAGGUUUUGGUGUUUAUUUAAUCGGUUAGGAAGCUUAAGCGACGAGAAAGGUGACGAGAAGAAGAACAUAACUAGAAAUACGCUUAUCGCAGCACCUCGAGAAGCUGUAAUGAAGCUCGAGCCUCGCUUCGCGAGGAAAAAUACGCAAUACAACAACCUUGCAAGAGCAACACACUUAUGGGUAGUGUUGUGUGUCGUUACUGCAUGACCGCGGCGUUAAACUUCCUAACUUCACGUUUUAUGGAGGACGUAAACACAAAACGGCGAUUUUAUUUUUCUUUCUUCGAACUUAAACUGCAAUCAUUAAGAAUUUUUACUCCCGGAAAGUUACGCCAACAUUUGACAAACGUAGUAGGCGGAAAUUUUUAAGUAACGUUUUCGCCGUCGUCGGACGUCCUGGUUUGCUUAAGUUCCCUCGUUUUGUACAUCACGAGUAUAACCUAAUCAGCUUCCCAAGGAUAUGAACCCACGAUAUUUAGAAACUUGUCGGAGCGGCCUAUCCAAGGGAGCGACGGAAUGGAUCGCUGCUUAGUUAAUUUGUCAAGUCAAACUGUACCAUGGCAUCGCAAAGCUCAUUUUUGGGUGUGUAUCAUGUGACGCGCGCUUCCUUGUCGCUGCUGUAGCAACUUACGCAGUACCUUGUAGAGAAAAAAAGCUUAAAAAAAAAGAAGUUUACACUAACCUCUUAUGGCUUAUAUUCUUUUUAGGCCUAACUAUAACAUAGGAGUACUGGGUACAAGUAUGCUUUACAAUGUGGGAAACUCCAUUCUGGCGUUUACACCUCAGGUUUGUUCAGUUAUCAUUUCCAUGUCUAGCCUGUAAUGGCAGGCGCUGGUUGGUUUUAUUUUUUAAUUUUGGUUGUAGUAGUUUUUAUAAACAGGGUUCGCACAGAUCAUGGAAAACCUGGAAAGCAAUGGAAUUUAAGAAUUUCAUUUUCCAGGCCUGUAAAGUUAUGGAAUUUAAUUGUCGGUCCUUGAAAGUCAUGGAAAAUUAAAGUUUUGUUUGACAAAUUAGUUACUCAGAUGAUAAGGCAAGGACAGUGUAAGAUAGAGAGGAGUAAUCAAACUAAACAGCUAGCUCAAACGGCACGCAGUUUGUUGGACACCAGAGUUUGUGUCUGUUAAAUUGUUUACGGUAAAAAAAAAAUACCCCAAAACAAGGAAAGUUUUUAAAAUUUUUGAAACUGACAGCUAAACCUAAGGUCUUGGAAAACUUAAAAAGGUCAUGGAUAAAGUCAUGGAAUUUGAAGAGCUUAAAAGAGUACGAACCCUGUAUGAAAAGCGCGCGAGGGGAACGAGUCAAGGGGAGAAGAGGCUCCUCUAAUUGUCCUCCCUAUGUGCCCGCCCGCGCGUCCUCGAAAUUUCUCCCUUCGCCCUCAAGGAGGAACGCCCUCGAGGAAGAAUUAGCUCCGUGAAAGCUCAUAGAAAGUCGUAACGUGUUUGUGAAAUUUAGAAUUGUUUUGUUAAUUUUUCACUUUGGCUGCCAUUGAAAGAGAGGGUUUAUUGGCUGACUCUGAAACCAUUUGAUACCUUGUUGCAGAUUUUGGAUUAUCAUCAGUUUUACCUGGCACUUGAUAACGAGUUCCUUGCUGACAGGAUUAAGUCUCUGGUUGGCUUUCUAGGAGCUAACUGGAGAAUACUUGGAAGACCUAUCCUUACGAUGAUAAUCACAAAUUCCAUGUUAGGUAGGUUGAUGUUACUAAGGGUAUUUUCUUAUGUAAACGCCGCGGUAUGGGUUGUUGCCUUUGAAUUGCUCAGUCCUCAAAUCAAGUAUCAUUUUUGGUAUAAUUGUGAUCAUCAUUCAAUCACAAUUUUUUUUCCGUUUUUGAUUGCUGCAAGUCCCACAGCUUGUUCUUCAUAACUAGCGUUGACCAACUUUGGAAGACGUUUGCGAUAUGCAAAGUCAGUAUAGUACAGAAGUUUGAAGUCAGUAUAGUGCAGGGUAAUAGGACAAUUGCACGAUGACGUCAUUUUACUACAACUACCAAAAUCCUUAAGUUUGUUGUUUUCUUGUGCAAAUUAGGACUAUUAAUCUUUAAUCCUCAGCGGGAUUGACAGAUUUCAGUAACAAAGCAAAAACGAAAUGAAUUCUGGUAGUUGUAGUCAAAUGUCGUCAUCGUGAAAAGGGACGGCAACCAAGCAGCCCUACGAGUUUGUGUUGUUUUGGUAGAAAAAUAAAAAACAGCGGAACAGUUGACGUGUUUCGCAGAAAAAUAGCUGAACUGCUGCCUGAAAACAUAGCAAAAACAGCAAGAAUACAACUCGGCGGAUGACAUCUGCCAUUUGAGCAAUAUCUGCUAGAGUUAGCAUCCCUUUAUAUCCUGAACUUGGAGAGAAACAGCAAAUCAAGUCGCGAACUUUACAGCACCUUUUAGUUUGUUUGUAAACUAGGAAUGUCUUUGAAUGAUUCGGCGUUUGUAUGACCGGAAGUACUUCUUCACUAGCCCAUUCCAGGCGUUCAGAUUAUGGGAAGGAUGCAAAAAGAUGUGAGCAGGAAAAACAGCGAGGGGGAGGGGGGGUGGUGGGGAAGGGGGAGAGAGCGGAAGAACGUUCUCUCUUCUUCUCCCUCCUUUCCCCUGGUUUUAAGUUUUCCCUCUUUCUGACUUCAGGUUGCACAGGCUACAGGCUACAGGCUACAGGCUGCCUGUCCACUUUAUCUGCUCUCUUUGCUUAUUUUAAUCAUGAUGAAGCAUUUGCUGUAAUUAGUAAUUUUACUUUACCUUUCAUAGAGGACUCACUAUACUCAUCUAUUUCAAAAAUGAUUCAAAUGCUACGAAGUGGCUACAUAUCUGGAGUGAGGUGAGAUUAAUCUAUUUAGCAGGCGACAAUUUUUUUUUCAGUGUUGUUCAAGACAGUUAAACUUGAACUUCAACUUUAUUAGAGCAAUAAUUUAUUAGUUAAUACACCACACAAAGAGACUGGUCCGCAGAUAACUUUUAUUUUUUUGCUAAUCUUGGCAGAACAAUUACACUAAAAACAUUACAAUGAAAAGAAUAAGCCACUUCCGAGUUCCAAAAACCCUCACUUUCAAAAUGAGGCUAGGUGCACAGCCUUUCGUGUGAAAAUCAGUUUUAUUUGCAUGAGAAUGUAAAGUGAUUUCCAUAUCAAAGACUGAGCACCUACCCUCGUUUUGAAAUAGAGGCCCGAGGAACUUUGAAAUGGACUAUUAAUAUUUUAGUAAAUUUACAAUAAUUUAACAUGAUUACAAGUUUUUCGUCAUUAGUUACAUUGAAUAAGUUAGAAAAAAUUAGAAAUUUGGGAAUUACCUUCAUCUUGAUCUUUCUUCAAUUGCUUUGUGUCUCUCAUCAUUAGGAAAAAAAACAAUUACAGUGGAUAAACUUGUUAACUUACACUGGGAGUUAACAAAUGGGAAACCCACACUUCCGUUUGACUUGCGUCGCUCAAAACAUCUUUACUUAAGCUCCCUAACAUAAAAAAGAUAGGAAUGCUAUUAAACUUUAUGCACCGUCAGGUCCACAAAAACGUAAAGCAAAGGAGUCUGUGGGGCCUCAUAACCAUUCCACUCCAUCAACUACCGUAAAAUGCCGAAAAUAAGCCCCGGGGCUUAUAUUUUUCAAAGGCCUUUUUGAGGGGCUUAUUUUUGGAGGGGCUUAUCUAUGAAGGGAAAUUUGCGUUUCGAAAUCGAUUGGGGUAGCCUUAUAGUUGGAAGGAAAUUUACCGUCUUUGCUUUGUUUUACUUUGUAUUUGAGGGCAAUUUUCCACGUACAAGCCCCCGAGGGGCUUAUAUUUGGAGGGGCGAUUUAACGGAGGGAUUUUUGCGUUACAAGUUUGGGGGGCUUAUAUUUGGAGGGGCUUAUACAUAAAGGGGCUUAUUUUCGGAAUUUUACGGUAUGUCUUAAGUCAUUCCUCAGUUGAUUUUGGCAGAUCUAACUGCUCGUCGACCACGACCAGUUGAGAAAGAUAUAUCAACACAAUAAGCCUUUUCCGACUUGCGCCAAGUUUCUUUUUCGAAGCGAGGCUAGGUGCGAAGCUUUUGAUACCAUAAUGAUUUUUCAUUCUCAUGCAACUAAAACUCAUUUUCACAAGAAAGAUUCUGCACUUUUUCUUGUUGUCAGAGCGAGAGUUUUUGGAACUCGGAAAAGGCUUAUAUGCUAGAUUCUUUUUCUGUUUUCAGAGUUCGGCUGGGUUACCUUUCUAGCUUCUUAAGCACGUCUUGCAUCACCAGUCUGCAUUUUAUUCCAGACAGCGACGAAGGCAAGUGAUACUUUUCAGUCAUAGAUUUUAGGCUCGAUUUCCGCCGUCUCCCGAUUCCUGUCUUUCAUCACGGGAGGUGUAGCGGGGGGUCUCUCUUAUUUGGCAUAUACGGAUUUGUCCCGCUGAAGAGGGUAUGGUUUUCAAUGUCUUGAGUCUUAAACAGGGUAUACAAUUUCACUAUUAAGCGUCUUGAACAGGGUGUCUUUUUGGACUGAAAGGCGGCCUUUCAAAGAGAGCGUAGACUUGCGAUGAGCAGUCAACAUCUGCAAUACCAAUAUUUUUCCCCUGAAUUGCAAGCUCAUUUUCCUAAACAGUAACUGGUACGAGACCCUUCCACGGUUUUUUUCAACUUUUGAUGAAGAGCAGUAAGAGAAUAUGCUCUCACACUACUAGAAAGAGGGCCUUAAAAUAAAGCAUCUUACCAAGUUUAAAGGUGAUACGUUCAAAGGUAGCGUAGGUAUUGCUCUACAGAACGGUGAAAUCUUACAGACGUUCAUACGGUGGAGGACAAGAACUUGCCCCCCACCAUACGACAUUCCGCAACUUUGCAGAGCUAUAUUUUCUUUAGUUUUCAACAAAUCUCUCUCAUCCUUUACUGACUUUAAUUAGGCGUUCUUUCCAGCCGCGUUGACUGAUUUUCGCUAACUGGUUCCACUCAAAAGUUGAAAAAAUCGUGCAAGGGACUAUCGAGCCUAGCAUAAUUCUUCACAAGGUUAAAUUGUGUUGUCUAGACUAAGUGUUACCGCUGUCUACUAUAUUUUGAUUUGUCAUAUACUUAUAUAUUUAUUUAAGAAUCAAAUUAAAUUUCCUUAUACACUUAAGAGUAAGAAUUAGCGAAAAAAGUUUAACAUAACCUUUCGAUAUCGCCAUGACAGCAUUAUCAAGUGACAAGAUAAAAAAAACUAAAAUCCGACUUAAUUUUUACAAGUUGGAUAGAUAACAUUAAGCAAAAAACAAAAGUAAGAUGUUUGCACAUGUAAAUGAAAAUAUUUGAAACAAAAUAAUAGUUUUGCUCGGAUGGAAACUGAUUGUGUGUUUAAGCUUGGUUUCCUCUUAAUAAAUGCAUUUCUUAAAUGAGACAGUCUAAAUUCCCUUUGCACUUCAUGAGUACAGGGAAGUUGCUGGUUAUUGAGGUCGGCUAUUUAUUUGUUGAUAUGUUUAUUUAUUUGUUUGUUUGUGUAAGAAUCCAUUACAGCAUCCAGUACGGCUGGUUCUAGUGGAGGUGUGUAAUUUUACAUGAAUACUGAUGUGUUUCCUGUUACGUCGGCAUGUUUAUCUUUCGUCUAGAGCUAAGAAGACACAGAAGAUAUCCAGAGCCCAGUGACGUGUUACGGACCGACUCAGUUGGAAGAGUAAGUUCAUCUUAUUUAGGCCCUAUUUACAUGGGGGUGGGGGACCCCAGGUAUUUUGGGUAACCCACCUGUCCAUGUAAUGUUGCCAGGGACAGACCGGGUAACCCUUUCAACCGGGGUCGAAUUUUGCCAUGUGGACGUUUCAAAGUGGUUGGAUUCAUGUUGCAUUAAAAUCGCGCCAAAUGCCUUUGGCGGAGGCUUUACAUUAUUAAAAGUGAAAGCCAAAGCACUGAAAGGUUACAGCAAGAGCAGCAACUGAGGGCAGAAGAGCGUUGAACCCCAAAGCACGUCGUUUGCCCGCCAUUUUUGUGUUUACGUGCUUAACGACCGUUCAAUUAUCAAGAGAAAGUGUACCCCGGGAUAACGGGGUUGUAAGGUUGCAUGUAAACGCGGUCAUCUUUUUCCCCACCUGAACAGGUUACCUCACCAACCUGGGGUCCCCCACCUCCAUGUAAACAGGUCCUUACACUUUUAAAUUCAUUGCGCUGUUAACUAGCUGAAACUUAAAGGGAGUUGUCGCCGUGGUUUCGAACGUGCUUAAUUUUUGUUGUGAUUUAUUGGAGAUCGUAACUCACAUUUUCAUACCUUGUUUGGGUAAAUAGCAAAAUGAGAUGCGUCCUAUACAGUAAGCUAGCCCUGCGCUGCGUUUGGAACGUUAAAAAAAUGGCCAAGAAAAUACCAAGAAAAUUGCCCCAAAUGCACAAUAAAUCGCACAAAAAUCGUUUUCGCAGAACAGUUCCCAACACAAGUAUUAAAAAAUUAUUCCACGUGUGCGCGUCGGAUAUGAGAUGGCAGAAAGCCAAGCCGUUAUAAAAUAACUAAGAUAGUACGCGCGCUCUGAUUGGCCGAGAGGAGUGUUUGCAUGAGAGUAUGUAAACAUGGUUGUGGCGUCAAGCUGUUUGGCUUUUCGCGCGCUAAUCACGCAAGCACGAAUUUGAAAGAGUUUUCGAGUUCAAAACUCGACAAGUUUACUUUAUUUACCCAUUCCUUCGUCGGCUGAAACAUGGAAAAUCGUUACAAAGAAGCUUAGUCAAUUUUUCUUCACUUAAACUGACAUUUUAAGCGAGAAAAAUCCGUAUUUUGCAAAGCAUCUUUGUGCAAAACAAGAACUGAUUACGCGUGCAAGACUUCGUGGACAAGAUUUUGCUACUGGUAAGAAUUUCUCUAUUAAUCAGUGCCAUACAAAGAGUUUUGCGUUUUUUCCUCGGGAAAGUUAUUUUACAAAAGCAAUAGAAAAUGUUUUUCCUUUGUUUUCAUAUCCUGAUAUAAACACUCGAGGCGUUGGGAGAAUUCUCGACUCCGUCGUCUUCGGAAAACGUUUUCUGUUGCUUAACUCAUAUCCAACAAGCGCCAGUGGAAUAAUUGUUUUAGUAGAAACUCCCACAAAAUAUCAAGAAUUCUUACCGACUUUAUUUUGUAAAACAACCGAUUUUCAGCUUGUUUUUAAUUUUGAGCAGACGCGUUAAGUUACCAUAUUUGGAGAGCAUGGUAUAAUUGCUCAUAUACCAUGAUGGCUAAGCCAAUCAGAGCUCUAAAAUUGCAUUAUCCAAUGAUUCAGUUUAUAAUAAUAAGAUAUGACGCGUUGUUGCAGAAUCGAACUGGAAGUAACCCUGGUCACAAGCCGUUGAAUAGAAAGCACAGUUACAAAGGAUUGGUGCGCAGAAGUCGAAGCAUAUCAUUAUACUGUGACUCGCCAAACGCCUAUUUACGUAUGUUCUCCUAACAAAGAUAAUGAUAAAUUGUAAUAUCGUUUGUCUGACGGUGUAGUAACUUGGAGUAAAAUCGUGUUUGCUGGUCUUGAUAUAUGGAAUAAUGCCUUCGCAGCUCGACCUUUUUCAAAAUAAUGACCGAGCGCGUAGCGUUAAACAGCCGUUAUGUCAGGCUUUAUAUGUCCCAAUUGACUACGCAGUAGGACAAACGAUUGAAUAUUUUUAUUAAUAUCUAGAAAGAGGUCGUGGCUUUUUACAACAAAAGCGAGUUUUAGAACAACAUUUUGAUUGAAUAGUCUAGUUUAGUGUUCAGUGUAUCUACAUAAUAAUGAUGAUGAUGAUGAUGAUGAUUAUAGUGACGAUGAUUAUCAUGAUGAUACUUAAUAAUGAUGGUCGUUUAUUGCAGCGUUAACUCGUAGUCGCUCUUGAUCUGAAAAUCUAAGAAUUAUUAGCUACUAAUGACAUUGAUUUGCCGUUAAACAAACGUACACGUUUCUGUAGAGUAGAGAAGAAAUAUAUGACAUAUAUGAUAACUACAACUAAUAAUUAUAAUAACAAUGAUAAUAAUUUAUGAUAACUGAACAGGUGCCUUGAUAUUCAGACUAAGAAUUGAUAAUAAAUGCUAAUGCUAAUAGUAAUAUUAAUAAUAAUGAUAACAACGAUAGUGUGCAUUUACAAAGCUGAAUUAAGUUCUCUGAAUCACAAAAGUGACGAUUUUAAGAAGCGCAAACUUCAUCUUAAGAGUGAAUAAGUGCGUGCAAAGACGCGAUGAAUCUAAUAAAGCUUGGUUAGUGACUCAUAACUAUGAAACUAAUUGUUCGUCAAUGUAUAGGAAGGUAUUGUUGUGGAUGGCAAAUAUUUUAUGUAUCAUGUGUGCUGACCUGACAUACGAUUGUCAGUUGUGUUCAAGCUUUUUGAUUUGAAAUUACACUUAUCUCUUACACCGAUGAUAAUAAUGUCUUCAAGACGACCACUACAAGAGUAACACUUGCCGUAAUGGUCCUCGCAUACGUACGGUUUUAGAAGACUGGUCACAGUCCUCUAUUUUUCCCUAAGAUCGUUGCAUAUCGUUUCAGGUGGCCAUCUUGGUUUCGAAUGCAGCGAGGGGGCGGGCCCCGUUCGCCUCCUACUAUACCGUCCCCCGCCCCCUAACUAGAUUUGAUACUCAUUCCCAGAGUAGACUUGGCACAUUUGAAACCAAGAUUACCGCCCAUAAGGGUAGGUGCGCUAUCCCUAGGAUCUUAGAGAAAACAGGGGGAUGUCAGUAGUCUAGGUUUUACUUACUAACCAGUUUAUAUGAUGAAACUUGAAUCAAUCAUACUUAAGAAACCAGGCCUGUUAACAGGCUCCCGGACCAACGUUGUGUGGAGAGAAGGAGAGGAACGCUGUACAACAGACUCUUCCCUUCCCUCCCCUCCCUCCUCGCAUUCCACCUGUCUCCCUUGCAACCCCUCCCCAUUCGCUUUCACUUUCUUGCUCUUUCUUUGCUUUAUAUCGCGCUAGACUGAGCCUGUUCACAGUCCUCGGGUUUUUCUCCUUCUUUCUAUAGCGGCUAAAACCCGCUUUAAACCAUAAAUGGUAUAUCACUAUGCUACCAGCACAACUAUAGAGUAGCUUACUUCUGCUGCAAUGUUAGUUUUGCAUGUGCUAGAUAGUUACAGAGGAAAUCAGUCAUGUGGUGCGCUGUGUUUGUGGAAACAGUGGUGUAUUCGUUCAAUCACUCCUGCAUUUAUUCAUUCGUUCAUUCGUUUGUCAAAUCAUUGUCAUCCUUGGCCCUCCUGGCCUGCAACCGUUUCCAUCAACCACGUGUCAACACCAUUUCGGAGAAUCUCUCGAUUAUUCAAGUUAGAAAACGAGCUAGAAAAUAAUUGCUGUCAAAGUCGUUUAAACUGAUUUGCAUUUGCAGCGACUCGCAGGCUGUUAAGCUCUACAUCGCCCAGCUCAGACGAAAGCAGUCCUCCAACUUUCUUUGGUGUUUCAGGUACAUCAAGGUUCACGUUUCAUUUUGCUUUCUAUCUCAAUCUGCAAGCUGUCUGUUUGGCAAGCGAUGACAACAAGCAGAGGAAAAAAAGAUGACUUAACAGGGGUAGCACAAUUGCUAGUAACACUAGUUUUCACUGUGGGCCACAAAAAAGGACAGAAACAAGUAAUCGAAAUGACCUCAUCAAGGUUAAGAAUCUCAAAUGACCGGAGGCAAACCAGUUGGCUGCCUUUAACUACCGCUUAUAAACACCCCGGCUAAAAAGCCCAUCCAGGUAUACGCCCAUCUACCUGUAACUUGAACAAAAAAAUACAUUUACGAUUACUGAUAACCCCCCUCUCCCUCCCCCCCUCCCGAUGUAACCCCAUCCUUAUAACGUAUUGAAAUGAAUUCGAUUUAUUAUAACGUUUUGAAGCAAACACCAGUAAAUGUAAAACGUAUUUUGAUGGGCACUAGUAUAGCUUGUUUUCAAGCGCAUUCUCUUUUCCGGCCAUAAGCCCCCUCGGAUAUAAACUCUUCCAUUUAUAAGCCCUCUUAAAACCCCUAUGAAGAUGUUUAAGCCUAGAGCUUAUAACUGGUAGUUUAGAGUAUUUACAAGCAUGUUCGCGGAUUUGAAUUGGGGACUACCGAGAACAAAUCCAGCUAGCGGUCAGGGCGGGAACUGAACUUUGGGCCUCCGCAUUACACAUUCCAGUGCUCUACCUGUGGGGCCACGCUGCAAGCAUCCACCGCAUGGCUCAACAGUUUGCAGUGUCAGAGAUCAUUUUAUGCGUAUCAGCAAUUUCUUUUGAGUACCCAGGUAUAAAGAGUCCAUCGUCUCCUUGUUUACCCUAAGAGCUUGUGCGAGCGCUUGCUUACCUCAUCAUAUCGUGACUUAACAUCAUGUUAAUCUUGCGCACGCUCUUUCUCGAAACUAGACUUAAAAAAGGCUGCAAAUUGUCAAUCUAAUGCAACAAUGGAUUAUGAUCGAAAGGUACAUAACGUAAUAGCGUGUAAGCUAAAUGCUAAGCAGUGAAAGAAGAUUUAAUCCUUAAUGAAAUACUUAUUUUAACAGGAAAUAAUGCUUAUUGCAUUUUUUAUAAGUUGCCAUACUUAACUGUCACACCCAAAAGUGCUGUUUCGCGCUGUAGGAAAGUAAUGCUAGAGAUAUCUGCUUAACUGAUCGUAUAUUCGUAACUUGUUUUUCCGAUGUGCUUCAACUCCUUUACCUUUUAAAUGACAGUUACUUAAGCAAACCAAUUUCGCGCCGACCCUUCAAACACAAAUGUGGCUUUGAAAUUUAGCAAAUUAUAUCGUGUAGAAUUUCUGUAGUUGGGUUUUAUUUGAGUGGUUUUGCUGCUGCAUUUGUUUAACAGGCUCAGCGGUCUAUUCAAACGCCGUCGUGAUUCAUUCACUCAUGCCAGACCAGAUUCUUAUCCAGUUGCCAUUAAUGUGUUUUUUGGGGUGAGAGAAGAUUGGGCCUAGGUUGUGGCGAGCGAGGCGUCAUGGGAAGGGACGAAAUAAAAAUGGUGGUCGCUAGUUUCUCCUCACUCCUUCCCAUGAGUCCUUGUGCACCUCAGUGCUAUCCAAUCUUCUCUCUUUACACCAGACUAACAAAUUGCGACUGCCUACGAUUCUGGUGCUAGACCAUAAAUAAAAACUAACAUAUCAUAGAUCGUUGCGAAUGCUAUGGUUUUGCAAAUGUCAAGCCGGGGGAAUAGAGAAUUUCCGAGUUGCCCAAAGCCUUUGUUUCAAAUCGAGGUUAAAUGUGAAGCCGUUAAUAUGGAACAGAUACUUUCAUUUCAUUCAAAUGAAACUCGUUUUCCCAAGAAAGAUUUUGCAUUUAGCCUGGUUUUGAAAGUGAGGGUUUUUGGAACUCGGAAGUGGCCUAUUGGAAGGGAUCAUCGAUUUUCUCUAGGAAGAAAAUUGUGUCAGACAUUGGACACAAAUGUCGCCGUUUCGAAUAAUAGUGACGUUUUUCGGUUGCUGCUAUUGUCAAGAAUACACUUACUUUUGUGCGAAUAGUGGAAGCAACCAAGAAGCGUCGCUUUCUAGAUUAAAAAAAUUGGAAUUUUCGCAUUCGUUCGAGCAAUUUGUGGUCAAUUUGUGUUCCUUUCAAGGAAGUUGGCCUUGCUUUUUACGCUUGAAGCAUAUUAAUGUAUGCAUGUUAUAUGAUUAAUUAUGCUUGUGUAAUGUAUGUUUGCAUGCAUUUGCUACUUCUCAGCUAUAGCGGGAAACGGGGACAUAGUUAAGUGGAAGGCCAGAGGUCCUGAUAUUCCCUCCCCCAUUUUCCCACGAAUUUUGGUGGUUUUGACAUUAUUUUGUCUGCCAUCUCUGUCGCUCUUUGAAUAUUGAAUAUCAAAUUUCGACUGGUGUUAUUCUAGCCAGUGAAUGCAGACCUAUUUCCUGUCGUCAUUUUUCUCCACCCGAAAAGUAAGUAGUAAGUAACUUUUCGUUUGGAGAGAAGCGACAACCGGAAAAUCGUCUGCGUUCACAGGCUAGUCUUAUUCUUCAUUAGUCAAUUUCAUCAAUAGCCCUUCCAUGGCCCUCCGGAAAGCCUACUUGCUGAUCCGGAACUUGUGGAGAUUUCCCUGCCCAAAACGUUCUUAAACGUUGUAUCCUUAAAUGAUUUAAGUAUUGGCUCAGCCUAUUGCUCGUUAUUUCCCUGCUCCAAUAUCACCAUUUUAUCCUGUGUAAAGCAAUAUUACUUUCAGGUUCGUCAUUUGCUGACCCACAUUAGAAAGUAGAGGACAAGCAGGGUUUAAAAGGGCGCAGAGGUUUUGCCACUAUGCUUUAAAAGGGCAAUGUCACGAGGAUAUUCCGUAAUUUUAGGUCAAUAGAUGCGAAAAAAAGCUUUUAGCUUAUUGAACAGAUAGCAAAUAGCGUUACAAAGCCCCUUUAACCUCUCUUUAUGUCUGAAGCUACUUGAGCUCGGUUUUCUGAAACAGAGCUUGUUCUUAAACUAGUUACCUGUUAAUAACAUUUUGUUAAUUUGUAUUUAGUUCCCAAAAAUGAAGAAAGAACACCUGUCACCAGUCCAGCAAAUGGGUGGACGCCAGCAAGGUCACGUUCAUUUUCAGCUGAUCUAGAAACCAAAGAGUAUCUGGUGCAGCUAGAGGAAGCGACCACAAUCGAUGCACAAGCUGAUAUUCUGCACUUCCUUUACAACACUAAGUAAGAUUUGGCAGCCCUUUGUGUCCCUACUAAUUUCCGUACGUUUUUUAUGUAUGGUGUUAAUGGAAGAAAUUUGUUUAAAAAUGGAAGCGUUUUGUCCCUGGUGUUCAUUUCCUUAACUCGAAUUACUUUAUGUUUAAUAAUCAGUGCCUAGGACGAAAACCGAUGCUUACACUGUAAGAGUUGGUAACCCUUUGUGUCGGCACUUAUCUCCGUGCUAUUGUGUUAAGGGAAGAAAUUUGUUCAAAAAUGGUAGGGUUUUGUCCUUAAAAUUCAUUUCCUUAACUCACAUGCCGUUUUGUUUAAAUUACAAAAGUGCCUGAUUAAGAAAGACGAAAAUCAAUGCUGACACUGUUAGGACCAAAAGAGUGAAGCAUUUUCCUCUUGUGAAAAAAUGGUCAGUCGUUUUUUCCUUUUCGUUCCUCCGAAAUCGCUGGCCCAUCCCACCCUAUAGCUGAACCGCCGUAUUGACUUAUUUUAGUUAGUGUAAUCUCCAGAUAGGACUAAGACCACUCUAGGUACAAGGAGGUAGAGAGGUGUAGGCUGUUGCUGAAUGCGAGUUAGACCCUCUUUUGGCCGUCACGAAAGUAACAAAUGUUAACAGGCACUGGUUCAGAAUUAUGUAUAUACUGCUUGUGUCCUGCUCUAGGGGUCCUGAUUUUGACACUGAACUAUUUGGAGAAAAGGGAGUCACUGUUCAGAAGCUUCUGGAAGAACUUUAUGAGAAGGUGAGUCUGCAUACCGAACUUGCGUUCAAUAACCCGCCUACAAGCGCGCUAUUCAGCAGAACCGAUUAGAGACCAGUAUAGAUUUGACGCGAACGUUUUCUGUUAGACUUUUUUAAUGUGAAACUACACUGUCUGUACUUAACGUUUUCUAACCCACUUAUCCUCGUUUGAUUUGUAGGCCUGUCAGAUUAGAUUAUGGUCGCUAGUCAGGCACACUGCAGGUCUGUUGCGAAAAAGGGUAGAAGAUCUCGCUGAGGUAAUAUACCAAGUCAAAAAUGUUUAUAUAAUAUACAACUAUCCGUUGAAGGGGAGGUAUACAGCUAUUUCAAAAAAGGUUGUCGGAGAGAAUGGCGAGUGGAGAAUGUCGAAAGGAGGUUGCACGACCGAAAGGAACUAUGGUUACGCUAUUUGGCAGGCAAAAUUUCAUAAGUUACGUUCAUCUUACGUGAAAAUGAAUACACCAAUUAUCAACGUUUGUCUGAGGGUUCUUGCUCCGAAGACAGGCGAAACUCACGCUUUUUUCAGUUGAAAGAUGCUCGUCGUUUCGUGUAAACGGCCUAUUGUCUCGGACGUUACAUCGCCAGUCACAAGAAAUUUAGAAAUAUAGCGCUCAGGGCUUUUCUUUUAGAAACGUCCAAGAAAAAUGAAGCCUCUGCAGCUGAAUGCUGAAGAACAUGGACAAAUCAGAUAACCUGCCAUUGAGGGUCUUCACUAAAUGGAGCCGGUAUCAUUGACUAGAUCGGAUAGUUGAUUAUUUGCCAUCAAUAUUCAAAGCCCACAGCUCCUUUAAGUCUUACAGUCUCCGACAAUUGCCAUUCGCCGUUCUCUCCGACAACCUUUUUUGAAACGGGUGUAUAUCUAACACUAUGCACUGACCCUGAAGGGGAUAGUUGUUUCAGUGCUUACAAAUCAUUUGGAUGAAAAAGAAAAAGUAAUUUCUGUAAAUAUAAGACGUUACUUAGUAGGAGCUUUCUUGAAGUUAUAAUUGGCAGUGUUUCGGAGAUACCGUAAAAUUCCGAAAAUAAGCCCCGAGGCUAAUAUUUUUCAUUUUGGAUGAAAAAAAAAAUCGAUUGGGCUGGCCUUAUAGUUGGAAGGAAAUUGACCGUUUUUGCUUUAUUUUAGUUUGUAUUUGAUACUUGCUUAUACAUGGAGGGGCUUUUUUUCGGAAUUUUCCGGUAUGUCGAGUGUAUUUUCACGAUUUUGUUGUAAAUUCAGUAAGAAAAUAAUUUUUUAACCCAGUGCCAGUGAACUUCGCCAAACCAAAUUUGGUAUUGUUAUUUGUUGGUAUAGCUGAUUUAUUUGUCGCUAAAAUGUCGUCGUCCGAAACUGUCGCGAAACGGGAAGCCAUAUUGAUUGCCGUGCCAAAACAGUGAAUAGCCAAGGAUAUUCCAAGUUUUACCACAGCAGAUCAAAACGCGCGAAAAUUGCUAUCUACUGAUUUGGUAAAUACUAAUGAAAAAUGUUAUUCAUCGUGAUUUCUGUUAACCUGGGACCAGGCUCCGCAGUGGGAGGAAAGGUCAAAUUAAGAAAAUAAAUAUCGGCGAGCGAAGCGAGUCGAGCGUUGGAUUGGGGAGGGGGAAAGGGCGGCGGAGCCUGGAGACAUGCAUGACUUUGAUGAAUGGUCAAAUGUCUUCAUGUUGACAGAUUCGCGGUGCUGUUGACAGUAUCGCGCUCUUUCAGUGUCACGCUUCUACAAUUCGGGAAAAGAUUUUUGAAAACACGGAUUUCGAGCAAGCAACUGACAAAUUUCUUUGCGACUUGCGGGGACCGUUUUUAAGAACCAGCGGGUUUGAUCCCCGUUUUCGUUUAGAACGGACCGUUAGCCUGCGAGCAAGCUCUCCUAUUUUGAGCCUCGCGAAACGCGCGUUUCGCGUAUUCUCGCGAGACUCGCUUUGCUCUCCCAAAUGGAAAGUUUGCUCGCAUAAAAUAACUGCUAUUUUCCAAAAUAACACUAUUCGGCAACACUAAGAUACACACCUUGGAUUUUGUCUCACAUUAUACAUAUUCAAUUGCCGAAAAUAAUUAUAUUUUUCCUUGACCAGGCUGCGACGGAUCUUUUAGUUCAUCAAAAGCAGUUGACAGUUGGUAUUCCCCAAGGAGGACAUGAAGAGGUUAUAACGAGGUUAGUAGAUUGUCAGGUUAUGCAGAAUCGAGUCCGCAUAUAGAGCUGCGAGCAAAAUUUGCUCAUAUGCGAUUGAGUCCUGUCUGCGUCGGACUUGUUGACUUUGAAGCAGAAGAUUUGGGAAAUAAUUUUAAAAUGUCAACGGUUGUCCGACUAAGCUGACUUGGUAAGACGUAUGCUCUUUGAAAAGAAAAAGAUUAUAACGGCAGUCCUUGUGGAUAAAAAGGUGUGCAUGUAUGGCUAUCUGAAGACGGUAUGUAUACGUUUACAACGUUCACUUGUGAGUAAGGCCUGCCAAGGCUUGAGUUUGUACGCUUAUAGACACCUUACUAUACGAAGUCGGGUGGACAUAGCCUCAUUUGCUGUCGCUCACAGCUUACAGUAUUUGUCAGGCUACCUAUAGAACGUUUUUCACUCACAUAGCCAGCGUCUAUGCAAAUUUAUUGAAACAAAAGAGUUUUACGUAAGGAAAGAGUUCAGCUCCCACAGGAUGGGUUUGGAACGCCAAUAUGGCCGCCGUGACGUCAUGUGAAAAGGCUCUAUAUUGGCCAUUUUGAAUUUACGCUUAAAACCAGGUCGACGUUGUGUCGAAUUGCACUAUGGGACUUUCGGGGUGAAUUUUGACCCAGUUCCUCUCGCAACUUAGUAGCAGCCAAUUAAAUCAGCCGUCGUUCCCAAAACAGUCCCAUGGUGCAAUUCGCUACAACACCGACCCGGUCUCACGGUCAACCUCUAAGUGGCUAAUAGGCCAUUUCCAAGUUGCCUGAAGCCUCUCUUUCAAAGCGAGGCUAAGUGCAAAGCCAUUGGUACGAAAAUGAUUUUUUAUUCUCACGCAAAUAUAACCCAUUUUCACAAGAAAGAUUUUGCACUUUGUCUCGUUGUCAGAGUGAGAGUUUCUGGAACUCGGAAAUGGCCUACGAUACCAGUGUCGCGUCGUGUAUGUGUUACUAGAAAAUAACGUUGAUAUAUUGUUUCUUUCUCUGUUUGUGUAGACCUCUUCCACCUGAUGAAAUGAAAAACAUAAUUUUUAGUGUGUUUGGUGAGGAUAUGAGCACUGGGGUCGUCACUCAGGUAAAUAGCGUGUGUUCUCAUAAGUACGCGAUCGCGUACCUGAGUUUUUUUUUUUUCGGCGAAUAACUGGUAAUGAAAUGAUUGAAUUUAUUGCGGGCGAACAGAGGAGCCCGCAAUCCUAAUCUCCAGGUUUCUAUUGGGCAUUCUUGGCACGUAUGCAGCCAGCAUUCCACUAUCUGAUCACGGGCAUGGGGUGUGCACCUUCUAUCACUCGUAAUAAUGCGCGCUUUGACCCUCAUCAUGUAAAACUUACGCAAAGUAAAGUAUUGGAGCAAGAGCAUUUUGACCUUCGAUCAAAAGCCUGAAACUCGCCGGCACUCCCUAGCCUUUGGUGAUUACUUGUUUACGAGAGUAUCACCUAAAAUUCUUCAGCCUGAGGCUUAAGAACGUUUAGCCUUCAAACUGCUUUUUUUAAACCAGGCCUUGGAAGAAAGGCCGUUGUCUUGGAAUGUCCUCGUUAUGACCCUGGAAUACUCCCCUUACGAACCCUGGUCUGUUUUGUCCGUGCUUGUUACUCUUGCGAACAUUAUCCCGGCGUUUAUUUUACAGGAGCUGCUAGUGUACCUUGGUAUUUUUGUAAGAACAGAACCAUCCUUGUUUAACGAGAUGCUGAGGCUACGUGUGGGUCUGAUAAUCGAGGUGAUGGUGGCUGAGCUUGCGAGGUCUCUCGACUGUUCUGGUAAGAAAAAUAAAUACGUUAGUCUUUCAUUUCGUACAACAUAUAGUAACCUGUGAGUAAAUGGAAAUGUGUGAUUUGCCAAAAAAAAUUCGCGUCUGUACGUUUUCAACUAAUCCCGAACGCGUACUUUUCCCGGCGCUUGAAGCUGGCGGCGCCAUUCGCCCCUGAUUGGUUUGUACUCCGUCGUGUUGUGAAUGAAUGGAAAAUUGUAAUUUGCUUUAAAAAAUUUCGCUUCUGUACUUUUUCAGCCAAUCACUAGCAGAGGCAAAACGAGUUGUUUUUUGCAAGCGCGUUAUUUCCCGCGCUUGACAGUGGCGACAACAUUCGUCCCCUCUUCUGAUUGGCUUGUACUCCGUCGAAUUGUUGAGUGAAUGGAAAUUUGUGAUUUGCUAAGGAAUGUCGCUCCUAUACUUUUUCAACCAGUCACAAGCAGAAGCAAGACGAGUAGUUAUUUGCACGCACGUACUUUCCUGCGCUUGAAAUUGGCUGCACCAUUAGGCCCCCCGUUCUGAUUGGUUCGUGUUUUCAUGUGCUUCGAUAAGGCAAACCAUUAAAAAAAUAUUGUUCAUCAACAUUGUCGCGUCGUAGUUGAGGAGAGGUGGAGGCGAAAUGUUCAGAAAAGCGUGAUGCACAUGCAGAGAUGUUGCUGUGCGCGCUAAACCUGUGAGAGAUCUUUAGAUUUGAGGACGACUUUGAGGACGAAAUUUAACUUAACUUUUUUUACGGUUAUUUUUGUUGAAGGAGGUUAAGCCCUCUCUUGAUAGCAAAUUGGUUAAACGUUUAACUUUUCAAAACUUGUUUCCGCCAAUGCAACAUUUUUCCUAAAACCACGCCGUAGUUGAAUGACGAAGGCUAUCACGUUUUCCCGCCAAACUAACGCUGGUUCCCGUGCGCGCACUGCUUAGUAUGGAGAAAAUUUCGUUCUCCAAUUAGAAUCUAAAGGUCCUCUGCCGUCUCCGUCAUAGUUUUGUAAGGCCCCUUCUGACACUCAGCAACAGCAGCUCAAUAUCUGUUCUGUGGGAUUCUGAUUUUUAGGUGAGGAUGCUGCGGAGUACUUCAUGAACCUGAGUCCUUUUGAGAUGAAGAUGUUGUUAUAUCACAUCCUAAGCGGCAAAGAACUAGUUGUUCCAAACGGUAUGUUUGCGUCCGUCCAUACGGACUUGCUGACUGCUGACACCUUAUAAAGAAAUUUAAUCAGUAGGUUGGAUACAUGUAAUGGCCGAUUUACACGUGAAAACUUUGUUGUAUGUCAAGUGCUUACCGCCUUGCGAUAGGCCUACGAUUGUAUCCUGUAAAUCCAAUCUACCAAUCUACCACUGUCUUACAAGUGUAAUGGGUUUGAAUUACACAGUGGAUCGCAUGCGUAAAGAUUUCCUAGCACAGUAUCUAUUGCAUCUUGGAAUCAAAUGAAAGUCAAGACCUACCGCAUGUUAUAUCUUAAAUGAAGUUACCGCAAGGUGCUUUGUAUUUUCUACCAAACAAGGGAUAUGUUUGUCUUGCAAUGACUUUCUCAUUGGUUUUGCUGCUUCAGAAAAUGAAUCUGUGCGUACUACACCUGAGAAGACACCUGGCUUCGUGAACGCUGAUCUCCCAAAAAGGGUGGGCAUUAAAAAGCUCUCCGGCGCAUUAAAGGUCAGAAAUUUAUCAUUAGGUAGCAAAGUGUAGUUCCUUUAGCUUUGUUUACCAGUAUAUAAAGAGAAGAGCCUAAUUAACACAAGCAUAGCCAACAAAUAGUGGGAAUUAAAAGGCUGUCUACCGCUUACAAGCUCAGAAAGCCAUUUUUGCUGACGUUUUAUAUACGAGGAAAUCAAAGCAAAAUAAGAGUAAAACCCUUGUUUUCGUUGUAGUUAACGUUGGACGUGUAUCACGUGAAAUUGCCUAAUUUAACGUUUUAUCGAGGAAGUAAACAAACGACGAACUUGAAUUGGAUGUUUUUCCUAGGAAUACAACUCCAGCAGAGGUCGCUUUCGUGUGAUUAAGUGAGCGAGUUAGGAUAGUAGCCCCGAAAUUUCAAAGAACGGGAAGUCAGUUUUAAAUGACGUAUCUCUUAAACUUCCUAUUGUUCUCCUUUUCGCCGCUGUCUUGUAAACUCUCUCUCUCUUUUUGCCUUUCUCGUCUGAAUCUAAUCAGGCAGUCACCCUUCAUAACAAGUUGCGGUUUACAUUUGGAUAAAAGUUUUUUAAAACUUAAGUUUGCGUCUGUACUCUGUUCUAACUUUUCAGUAUCUGUAUACGAAAUCAUGUGGUGUGACCAUUCAAAUGAAACUUCUGUAGCAGUACUUUCACAUGUAGCCUGGGAACAGGCUCGCAGUGGGGGAAAAGGCAAAAAACGGGGUCAAAUAGGAAAAAUAUCGGUGGGAUCGAAGUUAAGUAGAUCUCUUUGCUUGCGCUCUUACUUCAUCUCGAAUUCAAAUAUUUUUUUACAAAAGCGACAUAAUGAGCUCACGCUGACAUCCGUUAUGACUUGACGUGUUGACAUUUCAAUGACAAGUUAUUUGUUGGAGGGCGAAUCUGCGGCAUCAAGGGCAUGUCUCCAGGCUACGCCACUCUUUCCCCUCGCCAGACUAACUCUCGGCUCGCUUCGCUCGCCGAUGUUUUUUUUUCACCCUCGCUGAUUUUUUUCCUCCUUUUUCCCUCAGUGCGGAGCCUGGUCCUAGGCUACUUCACAUGGUACUAUUUGUUUCUUGACAUUUUACAAAAUGAAAUUUGGAAAUUUAGAUGAAUUUUGACUUUAGCCCGCACUUUUGGGAGUGAGAGGAUCAAUCUUAUUUUUACAUUUGAAUUCACUUUAGAAUAUGAGCGGCAGAGGAUUGCUCUCAGAUAAAAUGACCCGUCAGUACUCAAACAGUGUCGCCAAUAACGAGGAACAUCAUUCAGGAGAAGAGGAACAUUAUUCAGGUGAUGACCGCCUAGGACAGUGGAUCCGGAGAAGGUGCCUUGAUGGAGCGCUCAAUCGAGCUCCCGAGGAUUUCUACCCCAAAUUCUGGAAGGUCCUCGAAAAGGUUAGUUUCUUUAGCCUACCAGCAACGUGGCUUAAAGAUACCAUAUUGCCCUUUUAAGUACAGGUUUGAGUCAUGUUUCAAGCAGAAGGUUAGAACCUUAUACUUGCAACGUGGGUGUCCUCCCCUAGUCCUAAUCUUCACCUAAACGCAAACAAUUCUAUUGAAUAUGAACUCAUGUGGGGAUUUCAAAUAAUUGUGUCCUACAUUAAGUGCCUAAGGUCCGAGAUAUCACCAUUUCUGGGAAUAAGUGGUACAAUUGCGUAACCUCAGCAGUGCUGCCUUUGUAGUGACAUCUGCAAACGGUUAGACUUUCUGGUCUUCUCGGAUAAGGACGAAUAACAGUGGGUCCCGUCUCACAGCACUUUCACUUACUUGGUUCUUAUGGAACGGAAAAGAAUCCACACCACUGUUGGAAGAGAGUGAGGGGUCGUAGACCCCGGUGGUGUGGCCAUUACCUUUCCUGGGCUGGGCGGGUUAUCUGUAAGGAGAGAUUUUAAUGUAGGGAUAAGCUUCAUGAUCCUCCUUCAGGUGCUGUAAUGGCUACCUGUAAACGGUGUAUUUAAUUUAAUCAGUGUGCUAACAUUAACUGAAAUAGUAUUUAGUUCUGUCCUGUAUUAGUUUAGAAAGUACAUGCUCUGAGUUCUACUGUGCGAUUCUCAAAACGGAAACUGAAAUAGCUAUGGCUGGUUAUCAAAAAAAACCCACAAACUUUGACCAUCUCUUAAGAUAUCCUGCGUACCUGGCGGGAUCGUUUGCGCGAGGAAAGUUUUGGUAGAGGAGCUACGAAGCCGUGUGGAGAAUGGGGAGGAAACGCUUUGAAAUCCUCUCGCACCUUCGGCGUUCGUUUCGCGAGAAUGACAACUCUCACGCGCAAAACAAUUCCGCCAGUUGCGCAGGCUAGCUUUAAGACCAUCAUUGCCCCUCCAGAUCUUUUUGUUAGUAGCAUGGUUCCAAGUAGACUCAACCACUCUUGCCCAUAAAUGUAGUUUUAGACUAUGCUACUCAUGUGUACUUAAUGAGGUUUCCAUUGUCUUCUUUAGUGCCGAGGAUUGAAAAUCAACAAGCACUUCUUGCCAAAUGCCAUGGUUCAAGAGGUAUUGUAAUUUUUGACAUUUUUAUAGUGGCAUUUAUCGUCCCCUACUACACCUAAAGAAAUUCCAAGGCUUAUGCCUUAGAGCGGUUUUCACUUGACUGUCGUAAAACCAAAACCAAAGUAAAUACACUAGCCAACCAAAGGGCGUAGUAAAACCAAAACCAAAACCAAAACCAAUCCCUUUCUACAGUCAAGUGAAAACCGCUCUAACGGGUAACAAAGCCACAAUCAGCGACAAAAUAAGUUGAGACACUUCGCCCUAAACUGGGCUUUUUUACGUUUUACUGACUUCAAAAGGGGGAAAUAUAUCUUUUCCUCCUCCAUCCGCUCCAUGCAAUGUUGUGCCGCUGUUCAAGCUGCCUACAGAAAACAACAAACACCCCAACUUCAAAUGGAGGGGAUGGGGGAGGGGUGUGGAUUAUUUUGUCUCAACAAUUUUGUCGCCGAUUGUAGCUUUUUGUCCUCAACGACAUUUCCUGUACUAUUCCGACACUACUUGAUACAUCUUAGGUGGCUUAAGGCCACGUGAUCCCUUAUUAGCCAAUGACAGAUUUGUCAUCAACCACAUUUUUGUUAUAGAUGACGCCUGGAGAGCUCAAGUUUGCGCUGUGCGUUGAAGCAGCCCUGAAUCGCAUCCCAGAGCCAGAGUACCGUCAGCUUGUAGUGGAGAUGCUGAUGGUGUUGUCGCUUGUUGUCGAGUAUCAUCCUGAACAGACUCUUGGCGAAACUAUUGAUGUUGAUGAAUUAGUGUGGGAAGGCCAUAACUUGUACCUCAACGAUCAGGUCAGUGACAUGAUUACACUUGUUAUGAUUGGAAGCGCAUCAGUGUUCAAGCCUAAAGACCGGCGUUAGGUCUUGCGCGUAUUCUGACGAAAAAACAUGGCGUUCGCGGUGGAAAAUACCUCUUGAAAGCCCCUGAAAAUGCCAUUUCCGAGACUCUAAAUUUCAAAAUGUCCCUAGAUACCUCGACCCUCAAGAACGUGAGCCUUUGGUGCGAGCACCAAAGCUGCCUACUAUUCAUUACCAGCCUGCUUCUUAAAAACGUUUUGACAGCCCUGAAUCAUACUCUGGUUAAAGAUUUACGGUCCCAUUGCACACUUUUGAGCAAACUUACUUUCGUUUGAUCCCUCCUCUAAUUGUUAGUUGUGUGUAAAAUCAUAAGGAAAUCGAAUGAUUGGAUUUUGCGCAAAACUUAUAGUCUCAGUGUUAUUUCAAUCAUCCAUGUUGCCAUGGCAGCGAUCGAAAUCUUAGUUUUUUAAAUAUAUUUUGUCGGUGCAAUAUUUUGUACCUGCAACGAGACUUCAAUAACAUCCCGAUGAACGGUAACGAUCCAUAACCUAUCAAACUGUGUUUAUCCACCUUGAAACCAGGUAUGUAAAUAUCGGGUUUGCUUCGUGGAAUAAGUUUACUUCUUCGGUACAUGUGGCAAUGAACUUACAUACACUGUUUCCGCACAACCCUUUCUCAUUUUCCUCCCGGAUCUUGUUUACUUUAACUCGUAUACUAUUGUCUUACUAUUUCAGAUAAACAUUAAAGGUGAUUCCACUAUGUGCUGUGCUCGCCCUCCUAACGAAAAAAUCAAUUGCGGCGGAGCUGCGGGGAUUUGUCGUUACUUCUACGACACCGCGCCCAGUGGUCGCUUUGGGACAAUGACUUACUUCUCCAGAGCUGUCGCCAAACGCGUCAGCUUCUUACCUCACCUGAAUGAAUGCGUCGUGGCCUAGAGUAGCGAGGCGCUCCAGUAGACAGACCUGAGGAGGAGGAUCUUGAAUGACCGAUGCCAAACCAAACGGCUUUGAUCGCUGGUGUUUUGGUUUUGAAGUAUUUUUAUUUUUAUUUUUAUAUAAUUUUUUUUUCAAGAAUGUAGAAAAUUUCGCUUUAAACCUAGACACAAAUUACUAGUAAUUAUCGAAAUUAGGAGCCCCUUGUUGAGGCAGGUAUUUUACUAGUUACACAACGGUCUUAACAUGGAAACGAGGCGUAAGGGUCAUUAUGUAGGCUGGGGUAAAUGUCGAUUAAAAUAAGCUAUUUUUAGGCGAGUAUCCUGCCGGCAGAGUAAGGCAUUUUCGAGCAGAAUAACGCAAAAUCUGUGAGGAUAACGAUAGCAUAACAGUUGUAGGAGAAUUGAAAACUAGAUACAAAACAAGAUUUAAGAUCGUGAUAUUAAAUUUACCUUUUCGAAUAAAUGAGUGAUAUUUUACGUCAAGUGAAGGCGAACUAGAAUGUUGCUAUUAGACCUAAGCCAGUUGUAAGUACAUAACGCCCGAAGGACGAAAAUUUUUCGGUUACCACGCACAAUUAGUUAGUUAUCGACAGGAUAUAUUACUAAGGAAAACGACGAAAAAUAAAUGUAAUCUGUUAAGUUGAAAAUAAGAACUAGGCUAACUCGUUAACCAAGCACCGGACGAGGUAUAUUAUUAAACAGUUAUUAGAUGCGAUUUUUUGUGAUAUCCGGGACACAAAAACCGAAUCUUAUUGUAUUAGAAGGAAGUAACGACAAACACAUCGUCGCAAGGAACGCAAUUUGACAUUAGUCUUGGUAAUCAUACAUUGCGCGCACAACUUACACGUUAGUCAGUUAUCUGCUAGUAAAUUACUGACUAAUCUGUAGGUUGCGCCGAUUUCCAAAAUUAACUGUAGGUUCCUAGCCAAUGAGAAGACAGCUAAUGAGAAGAAUGUAUAAUAACAAGUGUAAAUAAAUUAGGGCGCGUCGCUGGAAAUCAACAAGUUCCUUCUAUACGGAACUAAUAGUUUUUUUUAACGUAAUUUAAAUAAAUGUAGUUACAGAAAACUUUAAGCAGCAGGGAGUUUUCUUCCGUGCCUGAGGACUUUAUCAGUUAUAAAGCGGUGUUGUUAAAUUAUAACUUGCUGUAAAUUAUGCGGAAU